AUGGAUCCUCCUGCCGGCUUUGUGAGCGCCUGGAAUCCAGCUGUCGCCGCCCCCAGCCCCCUGCCCCCGAAGGGCGCACAGUUCCGGGCCGCCCACCACCCGGAUCGCACCGCCAGCCCAGAGCUGCUCCCGCCCGUUCGGUCCCCCGUCCGGCCCCUGCCGUCCCCCGAAAUGCCGGUCGACUUCACCGGGUACUGGAAGAUGCUGGCUAACGAGAAUUUCGAGGAGUACCUGCGCGCGCUGGAUGUCAAUGUGGCCUUGCGCAAAAUCGCCAACUUGCUGAAGCCAGACAAAGAGAUUGUGCAGGACGGCGACCACAUGAUUAUCCGCACGCUGAGCACUUUCAGGAACUACAUCAUGGACUUCGAGGUUGGGAAGGAGUUCGAGGAGGAUUUGACGGGCAUAGACGACCGCAAGUGCAUGACCACGGUGAGCUGGGACGGGGACAAGCUCGAGUGUGUGCAGAAGGGCGAGAAGGAGGGACGUGGCUGGACCCAGUGGAUUGAGGGUGAUGAACUGCACCUGGAAAUGAGAGUGGAGGGUGUGGUCUGCAAGCAAGUAUUCAAAAAGGUGAACUGAAGCCUGAGCAGACCUGAGUCUUGAGGAAUGAGUGGCGAGGACGCGGGGGCCGGGGUCCCCCUCUCUGCACAACAUGGGGCAGAGAGGUCCAGCCCCCAACUUGACAUCUCUUAGCAGAGUCUAUCUCUUGACGUUAUCCUUUCCUUUUCUUCAAACGAAACCAUCCUAAUAAAAGUGGUUUCUACCCUCAA